CAAACGGUGCGCUGAACUGUACCCACGACACAUUGCCUCGACACGAUGGCAACGCAAAAGAAGCGCAAAGCUCGUCCUUCGACUGAGAACCAGAAGCUUGGUGGACAUGUUGCUUCCCAGCCUGCAUACCCGGGUUUCAAGCACUGGAGAACGAAGACAUCACGGCCGAAGCACGCGAACUUGUCAGAGACCUCGGUGUACGACUCAAAAUCAGGCAGCUUUGUUCAGCAAAUCAAGGUGAAGCACAGCGAUGCUUUCAGGCUCAGACCACUCACAUUCACUGAAGGCCCGCUGAAGGGACACCACAUCCUGUUGCUCGAGCCUUCCACAGAGCACUUCCCUUUUCUGGAACUGCCAGCGGAGAUUCGCCAGAUGAUCUAUGACGAGUGUUUUCUGGACGAUGACGGGAUUUCCAUUAGCCAGCUGAGGCGCAGAGGACAUACAACCCGGGCAGUCAGUACGGACCGCUUCCGUGAGACAUCGACUCAUUGGGACAAGAACAAGGAGACGUGGGUCAAUAAGCCACCGAGUGCGCUUGGUCUCAUGACAGUCAACAAGCAGAUCCAUCACGAAGUGGCCUCGACCCUGUAUGGUAACGAGUUCAAGUUUUGCGACUUUACGACCUGUCAGACGUUCCUCGAAAACAUUGGGACGAUGCGAAGCUUGCUCCGCGAUGUCUCAUUCGGAGAGCUGUCGUAUAAGAAGACCAAAGCUCGAUCGGUCUUCUUCAAGUUGCGAGAAGCAAAGCGUCUACGUUCGCUAGCGUUCGACUAUAACGACGUCAGCAGCACAUUUGAUCACGCUGGCGGUGUCAGCACUGGCACAUUCGCCUCGGAUUGCAAGACUAUGAUGGUGUCGCUCCACAAAUCACGAGUGGCUCAAGACGAUCUGCCGGACGUGCUUGAUCUGGUCCAUUUGACCUGGGAAAAGUGUCUUUAUUGCCAGUUCAAGUCCUUGGGCCAUGGCCAGGAGGACGCGGCGAAACACCAUCCACACGGAUGUCGAUGCGACCAUGCCAAGCUUGAAUGUGCAGAAGUGCAGAAGCACAUCCGCAAAUCGAUUGCAAGAUCGGUCGGUGUUGAAGGCUAGCGCUGCUCGAGAGGGCGAGCAUCCGAACCCACAGUCUCAUCUCUGCCCUGGCUUCACAGAGCUGCUUGCAGGCGUGGGUAAUGGUUUGAUCUUCUUGGUUGCGAGAACUUUCUGAACACAAAUAGAACUACAUGCAGCGUCCACACAUGUAGAUUCGUUCCGUCCAGCUGAAGAAGUCCUUACGAUGAAGAGCCC